CUGCGCGAACACCGAGAGCCCUUGAGUUGCAUUUACGGCCACUCCAUUCGCGGUAGAAUUUGAAAAAUGAACCCUCAGCGCACUCUGGAGACAUGUUGUGAAAUUGCUUGUUCUUAACCCAAUUCUUUGACUGAUUUUAUGUUAUCUAAAACAUAAAAGUUGUGAUUUGUGACAGCUCUGGCACACCCUAUACUUAAGAAAUCAAAAACCAGCAGGGAUUUGAAUAAUUAGAGCCGGCUUUAUCAUUACCCUGGUUUCUUAAGGUUUUUAACACUUUCAGCCUACAAAAAUGUCUGCAACUUUGAGGCCUUAUUUGUCAGCUGUUCGGAGUACGCUGGAAGCUGCCAUGUGUCUCGAAAACUUCUCAUCUCAAGUAGUUGAAAGACACAACAAACCAGAAGUGGAAGUUCGCACAAGCAAAGAACUAUUACUAAACCCAGUAGUUAUUUCACGAAAUGAAAAAGAAAAAGUGUUAAUAGAAGCCUCCAUUAAUUCAGUCCGCAUAAGUAUUUCUAUUAAACAAGCUGAUGAAAUAGAAAAAAUUCUCUGCCAUAAAUUCAUGAGGUUCAUGAUGAUGCGAGCAGAAAACUUUGUUGUUUUGAGGCGAAAGCCUGUUGAGGGAUAUGACAUAAGUUUCUUGAUAACAAAUUUCCACACUGAAGCCAUGUACAAACAUAAACUGGUAGAUUUUGUCAUCCACUUCAUGGAGGAGAUAGACAAAGAGAUAAGCGAAAUGAAAUUGGCCGUAAACGCGCGUGCUCGUGUCUGUGCUGAAGAAUUCUUGAAGCGGUUUUAAAACCAUGAGCUUUUUUUGGAGGAGAGACAAAAAGAAUUCAAUAAGAGAAUUCCCAAGUUUAUUUGCAUCAAACCUAUUUGCAAGCAAGCUUAUUCAAUAAAUUCUUAACUUGUGCACAAUCAUGUAACUAUCAACUUGAGUUCAUGCACAAGACCAAAAAAUAAAUCAGAACAUUACCAAAAA